AUGGCUGGCCUCACUCUAUAUGGCUACUAUCGCUCGUCCUGUUCGGCCAGGCUCCGUAUCGCUCUUGACUUGAAGGAUAUUGUGUACAAAUCCGUCUACGUCGACCUCAAUAAUGGCGAGCAGUUCAAGGACGAAUACGUCUUGAAGAACCCGUCGCGUUCUGUGCCGACGUUAAUGAUUGACGACACCUGGGCCAUACCACAAUCAAUGGCAGCUCUGGCCUACCUUGAAGAAGCCUACUCCAAUUCGACUCCUCUGCUCCCUGGGGAUGCGAAGUCUAGAGCGGACGUCCGCACCUUGACAGACAUCAUCGCCAUCGACAUCCAACAACCCACGAAUGACAGAGUGAUCAAACGUGCUGAAAGUCUCGGAGCUGAUCAGAUGGAAUGGUCGCAAUUUUUUACCGAGACCGGACUGAAGGCUUUCGAAACCGUGGUCAGCAAAACGGCGGGCAAAUACUGUUGCGGCGACAUGAUCACACUGGCCGACGUUUGUUUGGUGCCUGCUCUGUGGAAUGCUGAGAAGUUCGGAGUCCCACUUGAGCUUUUCCCGACUAUCUGUAGAGUCUACGCUGUUUUGAAGGACCACCCCUCUUUCAAGAAGUCCCAUUGGCAACAGCAGCCUGAUUGUCCGGAGGAGCUAAGAUAA